ACGGUCUCGCUCCCCUCGCCACACCUUCCCCUCCCAAACUGUUACAUCCCGCGAGCUGCUCGCAGUAGUAGCGCCGGCCGGGCCGAUCGAGGUAGCAGCUCGGCAGCACUAGCUCCCGCGGGGUUUCCAUAUUCUCGCAACGCCGCGGCGGCGGGAGUUUGGGAAGGAGUCAAGGCGGGUGCGAGAGAGGAUGGGGAGGGGCCGCAGCGAGAUCAAGCGGAUCGAGAACCCCACGCAGCGGCAGUCCACCUUCUACAAGCGCAGGGACGGGCUGUUCAAGAAGGCCAGGGAGCUCUCCGUCCUCUGCGACGUCGACCUGCUGCUUCUCCUCUUCUCCACCUCCGGCAAGCUCUACCACUACCUCUCGCCCACCGUGCCCUCCGUUAAGGAUCUGGUCGAGAGGUACGAGGCCGCGACGCACACCAAGGUUUGGACAGACAUCCGCCAGGAGCGUCGCGCGGAGCUGGAGAAGGUGGAGCAGAUGUGCGAGCUCAUGGAGAAGGAGCUGCGGUUCAUGACGGUGGACGACGGGGAGAAGUACACGGUGCCGUCGCUGGAGCUGCUGGAGCACAACCUCGAGGCUGCCAUGCACAAGGUGCGCUCCGAGAAGGACCGCAAGAUCGGGGGCGAGAUCACCUACCUCGAGAACAUCAUCAGGGGGCGGCAGGAGGAGCGCUACGGAUUGUGCGACAAGCUUGCUCAUUCUCAGGCCCUGAACAACGAGGAAGGAGGGUCGACCUCGCUAAGCAACGGCCUGGAACUCAAGCUGGGGUUCAACUAGCAAUGGAUGGAAGCUCGAGGGUGGAGUGGAUGGAUCCGAAGACUACGCUCUGUUUCUUAGUUCUGUUGAGUCCCAGAGUCAUGUUAGGUUAACAGAGUCUGUUGUCUUUCGAGGCUAUGACUAUGAGAAUGCUAAUAUCAGAGUAUCUGAAGGCUGUGGCAAGAUAGUUGAAUUCUUCUGUAGUUGUCCUAGAUCUAGUCUCAGCAUGUCAUCAUGUAUUAAUCAGACAAUUGGGGAAAUUAUCUCUACUGCUGAUAUAUUAUCCCUCUUA